UCUAGGAACAGAUUAACCGAGGGCUAUCUGUGGACAGUUGGUUUCACUUAUGAACCAGAUAACCGGAGAUGCAGAUUGAUGGACACAAAGGCAAUCUGUUUUAUUACAGUGAUUGAUGAUAUUUACGAUGUUUAUGGAACCUUGGAUGAACUCCAGCUCUUUACUGAUGUCGUCGACAGAUGGGACUUAACUGCCAUGGACAAGCUUCCAGAGUACAUGAAACUAUGUUUCUUUGCACUCUUCAACAUGGUGCACGAAGAAGGUUACUGGGUGAUGAAGGAGAAAGGCUUGGACAUUGUGCCUGGCUUAAAGAAAGAAUGGGGAAAUCUAUGCAAAGCAUACUUUGAGGAAGCAAAAUGGUUCCACCAUGUACAAACUCCCAAGCUCCAAGAGUACUUGGAGAAUGGUUGGGUAUCAAUCUCUAAUCCGAUCAUGCUAUUCAAUGCUUACUGCAUGGGCAAAGACUUAACUGGAGAGGCCUUGAAAAAUUUUCCUAGUUACUAUCAUAUCACACGCUCCUGCAGCACACUUGCUCGUCUUUACGACGAUAUGGGCACUUCCACGGAUGAGAUAGAAAGAGGCGACGUGGCAAAAUGUAUUCAAUGUUACAUGCAUGAGAAAGGUGUUUCAGAGGAAGUGGCACGUAGGGAGAUAAGAGAAUUGAUACGAAAAUAUUGGAGAGAAUUGAAUGGAUCUCUUGGUUGGGAUUCUCCAUUGGAGGAGUACUUCAAAAAUAUAGCAAUCAACAUCUCUCGAACGGCACACUUCUUUUAUAAUGAUGGGGAUGGAUAUGGCAAGUCGGAUGGAGAAACUAAGUCUCAAAUUAUUUUGAUGUUAUUCGAACCUAUCCAAAUCUAGAAGGAAUGCACACAUGUUCUUGUACUCUUGUUGUUGUAGACGGGAGGAUGGAUACCGUCGUAAUAAAAUUUGUAAUAACAUAUCUAUAUAUAAUGUUUUAUCCAAUUAAAUAAAUGGAAAGUUUUCUAUUUUAA